AUGCCUAAAAGCAAGGUGAAAGGCCCUAGAGGCAAAAAAUUUUCCUUGAAACGUGCAAAGCGGUGUAUUAAAAUCACAAACGACGGAAAGCAGAGGCUGGAUCUUUCCAAAACAGGCAUUGCAGCAAUACCCAAGUGUCUUCUAGAGCUCACCAAUGUGGAGGAGCUGGACUUAAGUCGGAACCAGAUCCGCAAGGUACCUGAUUGGAUCCAGUCCUUCAAGAAUUUACGCUGGCUGGACCUGCACAGCAAUGAGAUUGAAGCACUCCCAGAGUCCAUUGGACAACUUCAAUCCCUGGAGCAUCUCAACGUAUGCAACAACAAGCUCAGCACCAACGGUAUCCCAAAGGAACUGAACAUGCUGAAGAACCUGUCCUAUCUAAACCUUGGGCUCAAUGACAUCGACAUGGUUCCUUCCUAUAUUACAGAGAUGAAGGAAUUGAAGGAAAUAGGAUUAUUCGAUAAUCGUCUGACUUCUAUGCCUAGAGAAAUCCUUGAACUGCCUAAACUGCAGAAACUAAACACCAAGAGGAAUCCCAUUCCACCUUCAAAGGAGGAAUUGUGGGCUGAGAAGCAGGUUACCAUCCGUCGACUGGACUCUCUUUACUUGGUCAAAGAAAAGGAUUUGUGUGGUUCAUGCUUAACCAAGUGCCAGCAGGAGAAGACAAAGGUAUGGAAGCUUCAAGGCAUAUGGGUGCCUGGGAUUUGGCAGAAGCCAAAGUUAAUUGGCCUGGAAUUGCCAAACUCCACUGCCAGACGACCCCAGGCUUAG